CACGAAACAGCGCCUUUGUUCUGAGCGAAUACACAUACAGCUGAUUGAAGCAAGACGCAAUCGAGCAGAGCAUCGAGCAAGAAGAGGGUCUCAACAGAUCAUCAGCGGACCUCAGGAUCCGCAAGACACAGCACUCGACGCUGUCACGUAAGUUCGUCGAGGUGAUGACUGAGUACAACACCACGCAGUCCAAGUACCGCGACCGCUGCAAGGACCGCAUCCAGAGACAGCUGGAGAUAACUGGGAGGACCACCACCAACGAAGAACUAGAGGACAUGUUGGAGAGUGGCAAGCUGGCCAUCUUCACGGAUGAUAUCAAAAUGGACUCUCAGAUGACCAAGCAGGCUCUGAACGAGAUCGAGACCCGACACACUGAGAUCAUCAAGCUGGAAAACAGCAUCCGCGAGCUGCACGACAUGUUCGUGGACAUGGCCAUGCUGGUGGAGAGCCAGGGAGAGAUGAUUGACAGAAUUGAGUACAACGUAGAGCACUCCGUCGACUACGUGGAGCGAGCCGUGUCCGACACCAAGAAGGCCGUCAAAUACCAGAGCCAGGCCCGCAAGAAGAAGAUCAUGAUCAUCAUCUGCUGCGUCAUCCUGGGCGUGGUCCUGGCGUCAACCAUCGGCGGUACGCUCGGCUUCUAAGCCACCUGCUGCCAUGACGACCGACUCCGACCGACUCCGACCGACCGUCCGACCGCCGGCGGAGAAAAGAAACAUCGACGACAAUAACGCAAAAACUUGAAACACAAAUGCAAGACAGAUAACCAAUCAGCUAGGAAGAGAUAACAAUCCAAUCACAGAUAAGAGGAAACACCAUGGGGUUGGGUAGGGUUCAAAAAACAAAGACAAAAAAACCACAAUAAAAACGCCAUCACAUGAUUACAGAUCAUGAUAGCUGACAGAAUACACAACGCAUACAAGAAGAGGUACAAAGAAACCCACUACUUAUCACAGAUGUACAUGAACAUAUGAAGCGACACCUGGGUUACCUAUAAAAGACGAUGACCCAUAAUAUGACAUUUACUUGCUUGUUUGUUUGUUUUGCCUUUUUUUUCUUAUUUUUUAAAGGUUUCUAUGGUUUUUCGGGAGUCUCCGAGGAUGGCGACGGCAACAUGCCGCCGGGUGCGAGUUCCACGGGACAAGCGUUCCAGAGCCGACCUUCAUUUGUUUGUUAGUUUCUCACACGUGUUUGUCAGCAGAGGUUCUGGAAACUUCACCGAACACAUUCUUAAUAAAUGUGCUCGUGUUGUCCUAGUAGAGAACGUUCGAUUCUAAAAGAGGCAAAUCCUAUCGGCUCCGUCAGAACUUUGUCUGCGUUCUGGAACGGAAGGUUCGCCAGUAAUGCUGGUAUGUUUCGGAAUGCCGUCCCGGAGGACACGCACCUGCCGGCUUUGGUAGAACCAACUAUGUCCCCUUGUUUCUGGGAGGGAGAGACCGACCACGCCGUUGGCUCAGCAUGCUCUUUAGACCACCUCUCAUUGGUCGCUCACUCCUGUCAUUCACCUCAGUCAGCCUAGUAUUCAAUUAGCUUAGACUCGCCCGACCUGCCACACGCCAUUUAUAGAACACAACGAGGACCGAGCGUGACACGUGGAACUGUUUUCCAAAGCCAGCCGAUUGGUUUAGAAAACACAAUGUGCGUGUGUGUGGGGGGGGGGGGUUGUCAUUGUAACGUGGCAGGUUUCCACGACAACAGCCUCCUCUUCUUGUCACACUAACCAACCAAAGAGCAGGGGGAGGGCGGGCCUCUGGGUUCCUGCUGAAUUUGAUUAUAAAACGUGACGUUUGACUGACAGGUGAACGUGUGAUGGAGGGUUUACAGGAGGGUGGGAGGAGACGGACGGUCAAUCUAUGCAGUUUAGAUAAGAGGAAGACGACUUGUCCCGCCUCCCCCACCCACGAUAGCCAAUGAGGAUCAGGGGUUCACGUUAACGCACCAAAAGGCUCAUCGCACCGAUCGCUGUAGAAUUAUCGUAGUGAAGGUGACGCCUCCGAGCUGUCACAACUGUUCUUCCGGAAGAUUCUAAAAGAUGAAGAGAACAUAUUAAAAAGUAAAAAAUAAACUAAAACAUAACAUAAUAAAACUAACAGACAACAAACGAGAUGGAUGCUAGAUAGAUGCUGGCGUGCCCUGGUUACCUGAGUGUCGUGGUGAAAUCGUUGCGUUUUUGUUUUUUUAAUGGGGAACAUUUGUUGCUUCGUUGUUCCGUGGUGCUGCUGUUUUAGUGCGUGCGUGACGAGUCCCGUGACUUAUCGGCCUGACAUCAUUUAGUGGUUACUGUUUAGUAUGUAUGGUUUGAUGCAUUCACCUGUUUCCUCCCUGCAUCCCUCCAUCCGCCUGAGUGUGUUUGAGGAUUGUGAAAUGUGAAUCAUACCAUUUAAAUGCCUGAGUUGCACAGGUGCUACUGAACAGGAGAGGCUUUUCUCCGUGGAAGGUGGAAUAUGCGACACACACACACAUUCACACACAUGCAUGAACACCUCGUAUAUCCAUCUUACACACUGGAAACCCCCUGAACAUGCACACCUUCCCGUGUUACAUAUCAUGCCAGUGCUAGUGUUAGACUGGGUCGAUUAGCAUGCUGUAGCGUUAGCUUGUGUUACGUAUAGAUCGUGUAGAAGCUGCUUGUGGGAGAUUUUGUUUAACGUUAAAGACAUUUUCCGUGUGUCCAGAUCAGUGUUGGGAAAGAAUGAGACGAAAGAAGGACGUUCAUUCUUGACUUUGGAAAUAGUAGUUUGACAAAAUAACCUUAACACAAGUUUCACUUACUAGCUACGUAAUUAGCAAUGUAAAUGCAUCGCACGCUGUUCGGCGCGGCCGGACUGUAAACUUGCUCCAGUCUGUCUGAGAUGGUGGUAGGCUAGAAGCUAGUUAAUCAGAUCAUUUUGCCAAACUAGUUUAAUCUGAACAAGUAAAGAAUUGUUCUUUACCAUUGGCUCCUUCACAAAUGUCAAGCAAUAUGCAGAAAAUAAAUUAAAAAAAUUAAAAUACUCACUUAGCAGUUAGCAGUAUGUCUGCACAAGACUUUCACUCUGCUUCUUUUUUACACAAAUGAUAGAAAAUAACAUGCUAAUUUGAAAUGAUUAUAACUGAGUAAUAUUUGAAGAUUGGGACAGCAUUCAUGUGCGUUACAUUUGUUAGUUUGUACGAGCAUGUUUUGUUCCGUUAACAUGGUCAGUGUUGAGAAGUAAACGUGUGUGUUGCCCCAACCUGGACACACGGGUGUGUUGAAAUUACUGCACAGUGUUGUGACUCUGGCUUUAGAUCGGGGGGGUUUAGGUAGUAAGGUUUUCCCGAGUUCAGGCUCUGUGAUACAGAGAUACGUCCGCCCCUGUUGAGGCCUACGCUGGACGAUCCGGGAGCGUAUUUAUGUUCCCCGGCUCAAAUCUGCAGGAAAGUCGUUUUCUUGACUUAAGACUUUGAUAUCUCCACAGUCCAUCUCCCUUUGGUCUUCUGCGAGGAUAGCCCUUACAUGUUAGUUUAUCUCAAGAACAAAGGGCCGUGAGAACGUAGGUAAGACCCCGACGGGGUAACAUAUACCGCCUUAAACUCCACAACAUCAGUCUACACUACACUUGGUGUCAAAGCAAUAAAGUCAGUUUGUUAUAGUUAAAAAGUGUUAGCUCGCUAGCUCAGUGUGUGUAGAUUCUGACCCCGAUGUCGAGGCUGUAGAGUUGCAAAUUGAAGUAAAGUAAAAGUCUUUUUCAAAAGUCUGAUUCAAAAGAUGAAUGGUGUUAGAAAAUAUCUGGUUCUUUGAUCAAUAAAAGUCACUUUGAGACUCUACUGCUCUGGACACGGAGCUAACGUUGUUCACCACGUUAGCUGCUUUGUCCCGGCUAACGGUACUUCUGACUGCCAAAGGCGACGUGUAGACCCGAGGAAGUAGUCCCUGCUUUGUUGAGUAUAUUGUGUGUUUUCUUGGGAGUCAUAGUAGUUCAUAGCUGUUAGCUGUAGAUGUCUUGAUGCUGUAUUAUUAGUUGAAGUAAAGAACAAGGUUUGGAGAAGUGGAGUUUUUAUAUUAUUCUUUAACUUCCCAAAACCAAAACUUUUAAAACUUCUGUGUUCACCAAAGCUUAGCAAUCACCCCCCCCCCCAGUUUUUAUCUUUGUCUUUAUAAGUGUUUUUUAGAUUGUAGCACUGUCGACACCUGGAUCUCGUGUAAAACAAGUAUACUUGUUUUACUUCCAUUUCCGAGACGUCUUUGGACUCUUUUAGAGCUUCAUUUUGAACAUUUUAGGCAUGAAUUGAGGGAAUUGAUUGAAUUAUUGGUUGUUUCCACAGUCAGAACAUUUUACCUCCACCAAUCACGUAGUGUUGUUCAUCACCUGCUAGUUACGUCAUAACGUCAGCCGCACAAUAUUUGAUUUGGUCACAUGUUCUCGAUGGUCGAUGGUGGACGUCACGGUUGUUGCGGUAGUCUUGCAAUGUGAGGAUGAGGUCGUAGCACCAGCCAGCUUGUUCACACUGAUGUUUCUGUGUCGUGUGUGUGUGUGUGUGUGUUUGUUUGUGUGUGUGUCUGUGUGUUUUCUGUAAAGUUCCCGGCUGGCAGCCAUCCAUCAGGCCCUGCCGCCACUCCUCUUGGGAAAGAAAACACAGACAAAUAUCAGGAAACCAUUAAUUUAACAACUCGUGAAGUUUGUCUGAGUUUUCUGCCCCCUUGUCCUUCUGUCCCCCCCCAGUUGUGUUGUAGUUGUUUGGUUGUACAAAAAGACGACGUUGAGGAUCGGGAGUCUGCACCUUCCCCGCCCCAGCAGACCCCCGCCCAACCCUUUGUGUGUAAUGAUGAUGAUGAUAAUAAUAAUAAUAAAAAAGGCAUGCAAAAGUGUUGUGGAGUUUGCAUGAUGGUGUUUUUGUAGCCCACCCCCAACCUGCCCUCCAUGUUGUGCACUUUACCGCUCAUCGGACCUGUCUUUAGUUAGCAUGUUCGCUAACUACUUUACUUGUUCCUACUCAAUCUGCGUUCUCUUUCCUUUGAACACAUGUCGCUGUCACUUCUCAGCUUUGUUUGUAACAUGGUUGGAUCAAUUUUUAAGGUGUUUCGUUCAAGGAGCAGGUUGAUAUUUAAAUGUGAAAGGCUAAUUUUCAAAUACGCUGCCGUCAACUUCAGCCAUCCUGCUUCCCCCCCGACAUCCACCUCGAAUCCACCCCGCUAGGUGACCCCCACAACGGAUCUCUGUUUGCAUUCGUCUCGUGUUUUCGUGGAGGAAUUGUCCCACAAACGUUAAUGUUAAGAAACCGCCGCGGGGCUGACCUCCCGUCGCCCUCGCCCGGCCCUGUGUGUGUGCAGCAUGCCUCCCUUCCUCUUCAGUGAAACAAGAUUGGUGCAUAAAUGUGUGAAUGUGUGUGUUUGUUUGCUCGGAGCAGGUCCACGGGUUGCAGCCGUUUGAUGGAAUCCAUAUUUGUUUGUUCGAAUGGGAAGAGAUCAGACACAUACAUGGACGCCAUGAUCACUGUUAUUAUUAUAUAUCUACUCAAAUUCAAACCAAAGCGUUUUUUGCCCCCCUCCCCUUAUGUGUUCUCAAAACGUUCGCCACUAAUAUCAAAGAGCACAACGCGAGUCAAGUUUACACGGAGAUGUUCUUACUAAUGGUGAAAAGAUAUAAAAGAAAACAUCAGAUGCUAUCGUAACUAUAUAAAAAACAGCCCAGCCCCCCCGGCCACUACCAGCCCCCACUGCAUGGUGGUCUGUCCGCCAUCAAACCGACUCUAGACUUAGGUCACGCCACAACGAUGAUGUCUGCCUCCACACCCCUUUCCUUUCCUUUUUACCUGUAGAUGUUAGUUUGUGGAAAAAGUAGUAUGCAUAAUCAUCUGUUAAAGAGUUAGCAUAUGUACGUUUCUCCUCCACUUGAGGCGUUUACGGAGACAAUGGUGGUGCUUUCUUAUUCUAUUUAUUAAUUGCUGUAUUUCUUGUUAUUUUGGUGUCAUUUUCUGUACAGCUUGUUUAUCAGUCUCUGUGUUCACACUACAGGAUCGAUGCUUCCCUGCAAGGUUUUGCUAGCCAGUUAGCGGACCAGCAGUCCCGAACAGUUUGCGUUAAGCUUUGCAAACAACAAUAAUUUCCACAGAAAUAACAAGGAAGCAGCGCAAGCUAACAGACAGCUGCUUGAUGAUCUUCUGCUGAUGGACUCAUUACCUCAACUGCACUCUGGGAUUUAAAAGUAAAGAUAAAGAGUUGUUUUUGUUUUACAACAUCCUGGACAGCGAUCUUAAUCCGACUGACAAAAAACCCUGAUUGGCUGUUUUUCCCCAACGAGCACAACACCCGACCGGUUUGUCACUAUCAUUUGCAAAUAAAUUGAUGUAAAUGAAAUAGCUUCUCUAAUAGUAAAGUGCAUAUUUGCUUCCAAAUUGUUGUGCACUUGCAGUAGAGAUAAUGGAUCUUUUACUGCGACUGGGAAACAACUGGAGGCCGACAAACGAUCUGGUCCAGCUGACGCCCCUAGACCUCCAGUGAGCAUGUUCCUGUGUGUGACAGAGGACUGCAGUCAACUGAAGUCACAUAUAUAGGCAAGAAUAUAUAAAUCUUACAUCAACAUACUUCGUUUCUAUAACUGUGUGUACGUGGCUCUGUGUGUACAGUUUCUGUCAGAGCGGGGUGCAGAAAGCAGGAACAAAUCAUCCAGAGAGAGUUUGUGUUCCAGGACUCCAAAGAUUGACUAGCCGUUAGCCACAUUAGCUUGUGUGUGGAAGUAACUGGGCGAACGUGUGCGGGCUCAAUGCAGUCGUUUCUGCCGUCUGUCUUCCAGGUUUGUUCUCAACAGACACCGAGGAUUCACGUCAGUCGAGCUUUCUUCUCUUGUUCCUCCAUCGUCGGACGAUUAAACUCUUCUCUACGAUGAUUUUUGUCUUCCUGAAACCAUUUUCAAAAACCAAAACCUGUUCCCAGUGCCCCGCUCUGGAGGACAACAUGUUUGUUUGUCAGCUGCAACUUGAUAUUAACUGUUGCUUCCGAUGAUUUCCUUUGACGCUCCACAUGUCUCCGUCGUACGGGACAGUAUUUCGCUUUGAAUCAGUGUUUUUUGGGGUGGGGGGCAUGAAGAUAGACCCACAUGGUCUCUGCCAUAGCAAGUAAGAAAGACACUUAACAUUGUUAUUAUCAUUAUUAUCAUUAUUAUUCCCAUAAAUGACAAAUAGAAAUGCAGUAAAACAUUUGCAAAAACCCAGAGGGAGAACGACCGGCUUCACACAAAGUGAUCAAACAUCUACACUUUAAAAAAGGAGGUUAUGAUUCUAUAAUAGCAAUGAUUUAAAGAAGUACAAAAGGAGUUAUGUUAUCAUAAAUAAUAAGUAGUAAUAUUGAAUAUUGAAUGCUCGCAAUUUUGUCAAACUGAAACUGGAUUCUUUGUGUUAUGUAAUUAUUGUAAAUAACUUCAAAGAGAGAAAAGAUGACUUGCAUGUCUAUGUAUAAAUCUACUGAGAUAUCUAUUCCCGUCAAAGUUGACACGUAGUUCGAUCUCUGUCCUUUUGUGCCACUUUCACUCCCCCCCCCCCUUAAAACAUCGCCCGACCUCACGCCCGCCCCCCCGCCCUGCCACAGUCCUUCUAUUCUUCCCAUGUGGGUGAGAGACGCCAGCAGAGAGACCUCGUCCAGCGUCCUCGUCCGCCAUGUCAGCUCAGACGCUGCGUGUAACGCCCGCCUGCUGAAAUCACAAAGGAAGCGUACGACGUGUUUUUCUUUACACUCUCUUUAGUUCCGUCUAAAAAAAGAAUUAAAAAAGGGCAGAAUCCGUCUAGAAGGGACUGAAGAGAUCUUGUGUAUCGGCGGGACACAUUUUCGGCUUAAACUCAGCCACAACCGCACAUCCGCCCGUCACCGCAGCUCCAGAGGAUCCACCCACUGGCUCCUCUGAUGAAAGUGCUUCCCUCCAUAUUUGGAAACGUUAACCCCGCGGCCCCUGAUCCCUUAGCGGGUUUCUCUCUCUCUUUCUGUCUGACUCGAGGUCUCUCAACCACAGCUAGCUAGCCAAACAACGCACCUAAAGCUCGGUCUCUUUACCCACCGUGAACCCCAGAGUUUAGCCUGUGCCCCCCUGAUUAAAACCCCAGACUCGUCCUGCCAGUUAGUAGCCAGAUUCGGAGAAAUAGUCUGCGCACACGUCACCUGAUUGGCGUAAGCAGCUCUACGAUGAUAUUAGAUGUUCUUGUUGCUUAUCCAGCCAACAUUGUGAGUUGCUUUUAAAAGAUCAAAUGUUUUCAUGCUAACAGCAACAACAACAGAAACACCCGAGUCCCAUUUCUCAAGAACAUUUUAACGCUAACAUCUCAACGUCGUAAUUCUGAAGACUGUAAGUCGACGGGCGGAGAUCAUUAGCCUUCAAGUGUUUCUGGGAAAAGCGGCACCACACCCUGUGUUUCUCCUCAAACCACCACAGUCUUCCUUGUUCGCUCCAUCACUUAGUCCUCACCCGGUUCCUGCAGGAGGUCUUAGCUCUAGUUUCUCAAAGGCGUCGAAGUGCAAAUAGGAAGUUGGAUCUCAAACAGAUUUAAGCUCCUUGUGCGUCCUGAAAAGGAAAGAACUUCUUCAGACUUCAGAAAGUAGCUCAGCUCACCUUCACGCCUUCGAUGGGUUUGAGGAACACGGUUCUCCCAGAGUCGGUCUCGCCUCACACAGGCCUACCCUAACGAAGAGUGCAAUAUUCAGAGAAACAAAAGGGCUUUCUUUAUCAUGCAGAGGCGUGCAGGACCCCGGCCGAGAAGCUCGGACCUCGUGCAGGAACUCCAUUAACAAAAUCACCCGUUUAACAGAAGGAGUCCAAUAAAACGCAGAUGCAAAUAAGAAAGAAAGAAACCAUCUCGGGGGGAAAUGGCAGGCGAGACACAACUAAAUAUUUCCAAAAUUUAAAAAACAAAAGAAGAGGACAGGGCCAUCGCUCUUCAGACACAACUUUGACCGGAAAUGCAACUUGUGUCCUGUUUUUUUUGUGUGUGUGUAUGUGUGCGUAGCGUAAUGUAAAAGCGAUCUGUCCCCCCCCUCCCCUCCCUCACCCUCUAAAGAAGAACCCCCUCCCCUGCAGCCCUGUCUCCCCCUCCUCCCCCUCUCUCGUACUGCUGUUGGCUGUUCUGUUUAGUUCAUGUGACGUGCCAGUAUUCCCCCCCACUCUCUCCCCCUUCUCUGUCUCUCUCUCUCUCUCUCCCCCCCCCCCUCUCUCUUCAUGGAUCUUUAAGAUGACAACUCUAUGCAGAUGCUGUCUUUUAUAAGUGUGUCAAAAUUUUAAUUUAAAAUAAAAACUUUAAAAAAACAAACCCUGACAGACAUAUUGAAAUGAUAACAAAAAAUGAAUAAAGAAAAGGAUUGUUCAGUGUA